UCGUGUCUGCUCGGCUCCGGGAGGAGGAGGAAUGGGAAAGGGCGACGGGACGAGGCAGCGUGUGGAGACAUGAACACAACGGGCUGGUUCUGAACCGACUCACGGCUGUAACACAACGGACACACACACUUCGAACCCCCGGGACGUCUCCGCUAUCCAGUCCCAUAAAGGACCCGAGGGCUGGAGGAGGGAGAUUCGAUCCCGUAGGAAAACGCAGCUUCUUCUUUGUGGACAUUUUCCCUGUGAGCGAUAAAGAACCCGGGCGCAGAGUGGAGGUCUGACCUUAAACCUCAAUAGGAAGGAGAUCAAGCCACUUCAGAGAUGGAGCAGGUAUCAGAUGACGAGUUGGACCAUGGAGCAGAGGAGGAGGACAGCGAUAAGGAGGACCAGGACCUGGACAAGAUGUUUGGAGCCUGGCUGGGAGAACUGGACAAGCUCACACAGAGUCUGGAUGACGGCAAGCCACAGAAAGCCCUGCAGAAGGCUCCCCUCAGACAGGAGACAAACAUGGCCAACUUCUCCUACCGCUUCUCAAUGUACAAUAUAAACGAGGCGUUGAACCAGGGGGACACAGUGGACCUGGACGCCCUGAUGGCCGACCUGUGCUCCAUCGAGCAGGAGCUCAAUACCAUUUCCAAACCGAACUCCACGUCUCGAGGCCAGAGCAAAGGCCAGCAGAGGACCGGCGUGGGCCGCGCUGCCAGUAGCAAGCACACAGGCACCAGUGGAGGGGGAAGCAGCGGAGGAAGUACCAGUAGCAGCACCAGGGCAUCGCCGGCCAACACAGUGCGAGGCGGCAGCGUCAACGCUCGCCCGGCAGCCUCCAACAUCUCCCUCGAUGACAUCACUUCCCAGCUGGAGAAGGCCUCCCUCAGCAUGGACGAGGCGGCUCGUCAGACGUCCUCCUCUUCCUCCUCCUCGUCCUCCUCGUUCUCCUCCGCCACGCUGCGGCGGCCCUCGUCGGGCUCCUCCGGCGGCGGGCAGCACCGCAGGACGGGCUCCGUGGGCGCGGUCAGCGAGCAGGAGGCGCCGUCCCAGCGGUCGAGCGUCAAUUCAGCGUGUGCCUCGGCGUCCAGCAUGGACUCCCUGGACAUCGACAAGGUGUUGACGGGAGGAGAGGCGGAGGGCCAGAGCGGCUCGAACGCCCCGGGACCAAACCAGACCAGCACCGAGCAUGUCGUACUGCGGCGGGCCAAUGGUCAGCCGGCCAGGCGGCAGCUUGACUUCACCUCACAAGCGGGUGAAGUGGACCGGGCCACUCACUCGUAUCUGGACCGAGAAACCUCACUCAUUUUGAAAAGCAUAGCUGGAAAGCCUUCUCACCUCCUGACCAAGGAGGAGCAAGCGGCCAAACUGAAGGCGGAGAAGAUCCGAGUCGCCCUGGAAAAAAUCAAGGAGGCUCAGGUUAAAAAGCUGGUGAUCAGGGUCCACAUGUCGGACGAGAGCUCCAAGACCAUGAUGGUGGACGAGCGGCAGUCGGUCAGGCAGGUGCUGGACAGCCUGCUGGACAAGUCCCACUGUGGCUACAGCCCCGACUGGGCCCUGGUGGAAACCAUCAACGAGCUCCAGAUGGAGCGUAUUUUUGAGGAUCACGAGAACCUGGUGGAGAACCUGUUGAACUGGACCCGGGACAGCCACAACAAACUGAUGUUCAUCGAGCGCAUCGAGAAAUACGCUCUGUUCAAAAACCCACAGAACUAUUUGCUGGGGCGGAAGGAGACAUCCGAGAUGGCAGACAGGAAUAAAGAGGCUCUAUUAGAGGAGUGUUUCUGCGGCGGCACGGUGUCUGUGCCGGAGAUCGAGGGCAUCCUGUGGCUGAAGGAGGACGGGAAGAAGUCGUGGAAGAAGCGUUACUUCCUCCUCAGGGCUUCUGGGAUCUAUUACGUCCCAAAGGGCAAAGCCAAGGCCUCCAGAGACCUGGUGUGCUUCCUGCAGUUGGACCAUGUGAACGUGUAUUACGGCCAGGACUACCGCAGCAAAUACAAGGCUCCCACUGACUACUGCCUGGCCCUCAAGCAUCCGCAAAUCCAGAAGAAGUCGCAGUACAUCAAGUACUUGUGCUGCGAUGAUGUCCGGACCCUGCACCAGUGGGUGAAUGGAAUCCGAAUCGCCAAGUAUGGAAAGCAGCUUUAUGGGAAUUACCAGGAAGCCAUGAAGAGAACAGAGGCGGCCUACGAUUGGUCGUCUCUCUCCACCUCCAGCAUUCGAUCAGGCUCCAGCUCUGCCAGCAUACCUGAGUCCCAGUCCAAUCACUCAGGCCAGUCGGACAGCGGCGUGGACACAGGCUCCUCCCACGGCCGCUCCCAGAGUGUGGUGAGCUCCAUUUUCUCUGAGGCCUGGAAGAGAGGGACCCAGAUCGAGGAAAACACCAAACAGAUCAGACACGAGUCGUCCAGAGGAGCCACGCUGCCGCACGCGUCCCACGGUCACCGGCAUCACAGCCAGCACUCAGUGGACCACCUGGCCCUGACACCCCCCCCUCAGACUCAUCCCCAGGCCCAAACCCCGCCCCCACCGCAGCCUCAGCACACACCAGUGCACCCCCACACACUGGUCCAACCACCACAGCAGCACCUGCCGCCUCAGUCUCCUCACCAGGUCCAGCAGCCUCCGCCCCAAUCGCCUCAGCGCCCUCAGCCUCCAGCGCCUCCGUCUCCGCAGCAGCAGCAGCAGCAGCAGCAGCAGCAGCAGCACCACCACCACCCACAGGCCGUCAGUGGCUACUACGACAUGCCCCCCCCACAGCAGCAGCAGCAGCCACAGGUCGUCAGUGACUACUACCACAUGCCACCCACGCAGCAGCAGCAGCAGCCGCCGCCGCCACAGGCCGACAGUGGCUACCACCAAAUGCCCCCCCCACAGCAGCAGCAUCACCCACAGCAGCAACAGGCCGUCAGUGACUACCACCACAUGCCCCCCCCACCGCAGCAGCAUCACCCACAGCAGCAGCAGCAGGCCGUCAGUGACUACUACCACAUGCCACCCACGCAGCAGCAGCAGCAGCCGCCGCCACAGGCCGUCAUUGGCUACCAUCAAAUGCCCCCCCCACAGCAGCAACAGGCCGUCAGUGACUACUACCACAUGCCCCCCCCACCCCCACAGCAGCAGCCACAGUCCGACAGUGGCUACCACCACAUGCCACCCAUGCAGCAGCAGCAGCAGCAGCAGCAGCAGUGGCAACAGCCCCAGGCCGUCAGUGACUACCUACACAUGCCCCCCCCACCACAGCAGCAGCCUCCCGCUCCUCCGCCCCCACCUCCUCCUCCACCUCCACCCCCCCCUCCGCCCCCCCCGGUUCAGAGUGUGUCCCACCACUCUCCGGCCGUCACCAUGUACAAGUUCAGCACCAUCACCCGGCUGCAGAACCAGAACCAGAGCUCCUCCCACCACCGGCUGCCGGGUGCCCCCCCCCAGCAGGUCCCGAGACCACCUGCUGCUAAAGUCUCCAUCAAACCCAACGUGAACCACAUCGCUGCCAGGACUAAUGUCCCGCCCCCCCCGCCGCCACCUCCUCCGCCCUCCAUGCCCACCCCCGGGUCAGCGAUGGCCUCCCUGAGGCUGGGCCCCCCCUGCCUGGCCCCCCCACCUGCCUUCAUACCUCCGCCCCCGGCUCCUCCUCCUGCUCCACACACCAACGGUGUAGCCUUUCCUCCUCCACCCCCCCCUGCUCCUGCUCCCAUGAGCCAGCCCGUGUACCCCGGUGGGCUGAAGCUGAGGGACCGGUUCCCCAGCCCCCCCCGGGACCUCCUGUCUCCCGGUGGAGACCUGGACGAGUCCCCACCUCCUGCCCCUGCUCCACCUCCUCCUCCUCCUCCUCCACCGCCCCCACCACCUCCUCCCCCUCCCCAGCAGUUCCCAGUGCCAGCUCAGUUUCCACCCCCCCCUCCUGCCCCACCCAAAACCUUCACCCCAGGUUUUCUCCCUCAUGCUUCCCCCAAGCCCGUGUCCCCUGUCUGCCCUUUCCCUCCUGCCCCCCCCUCUGCCGCCUUAGGGGGCCCAGCGCCGCCACCACCUCCCCCCCCACCUUCAUCCGGACCCUUCAAGAAGCAGUUCAGCCUCCAUGCAGGGCACACCUCCAGCCCCCCCCCUCCGACUCUGCCCAAGCAGCACAGCCUCUCCAAACCACCCGUGUCCACGGGAGCCCCUCCCACCGUCUCUCUCGUGAAACAACUGGCCAGUCAGUUUCCCAGAGCCCCCCCCCAAGCAGCCAAUCACACAGAGAGCCCCAAAGCCCCCCUGUCCCCACCUGCAGUCAAGACCAAACCAAGAUGGCAGCCCGGGGGGGUCCAGCAGCUUCAGUCCCCCGAGUUCCCUCCUCCUCCUCCAGACAGCACCGCUGCUUUCCCUGCUGCCCCCCCUCCUCCUGCUCCUCCUGCUCCUCCUGCCCCCCCUCCGCCGCCUCCCCCAGCACCUGUUACUGGCCCGACUCCGCCCCCUCCUCCCCUCCCCCCGGGAAACCUGGACUCCAUCAUGAGGGCACCGUCUGGCUCCUCCCACUUUGGAGGCAAGAAAGCUCCUCCCACCCCGAACAGGAACUGCAGCGUGAAGUCCGACUCCCCCGGCUCCUAUGAGGAGUCCAGGAGGAACCUGCUCAGUAAGUUUGCCCCCAAGAGCAGCACCCCCCCUUCAUCCCCUUGUCCCACCAGUGGGUCUCCCUCUAAGGACCACUCAGCCGGACCCCGCGCCCCCCCGAAACCGGGCAAGCUCAACCUGGCCAACCUGCCCCUGGGCCUCCAGUCCAAAGUGAGCCAGGCGAAGCAGGCCGGCGGCGACUUCCCCUCCCCACCACCCGAUUGUGCCUACUUCCCACCUCCCCCCCCAUCCACAGACCUCUUCCCCCCUCCCCCCCCUCCUGGUGACACCCAUAGCGGCGGGCCUCCGAGGGUUGCCGUGGUGAAUCCUCAGCCCCAGGCUCCGCCUCCUCCGCCGCCCGUCUCCCUUGUCAGCAACUCAACAUGGGGAAAGAGUUCCCUGAAAAAGACUCCUCCCCCCACACUUGUGCGGCGCGGUAACAACACCCCGGAGCCCCCCCCCCUCUCGCCGCCUCCGCCCACCUCCCCGAAGGGCAGCUCGGGCCAGCCCAACUUCCUGGACGAUCUCCACCGGACACUGAAGCGAAAGUCGGUGGGACGGCAGGGGUCCCUCAACUCCGCCGGCCUCUCAGGCAAGUUGGAACCUGCCGGCACCAUGGACGACAUGGCGCUGCCGCCGCCCCCCCCCGAGCUGCUUCAGGACCAAGGGAAGCAAAGCAACGGAGGAAACGGCGGCUACAUGUCCGGGAACAUCUCAGGCUAUGCAACGCUGCGACGAGGACCCCCGCCUGCACCCCCCAAGCGUGGUGACGGCACCAAACUGACUGGAGAGUGUUGAACUCCGGGAUGAGGACGCUAUGAAGACGGACGAACAGACAGUGAGAGAAUAUAUUGAAGUGAACAUUCAUAAGUGAACCGGGAGCUAGAUCCUGGAUACCUUCUGUCCUCUUGGGACCACAAUGAUAAAUGGAUGACUGUGUAUAUAUGAGAAACCCAAAACCCGACCGUGGUCAGUGAGUGUUUGCUAAUUAUUGCGGUUCCAUUAACGUGCUCGGCGCUCCAGAUCAGUGAGGUUUACAAUAUUGGGACAAUUAAGACUGGAGCAGGUAAGUUUGAGGUCAGAGAAAAGUCUUUUUCUGCGAUUGUCUAAACUCUCUGGAACACACUGUAUUGCCCUGUAUUGUAACCCCUCCCCCCCCCCGGCCACCCACUCGCUGUUCCGGUGCGCCAAGCAGAUUUAAAACAAACACUCGUAAGUUUGUGCAAAUGUUACUGGAUCCAGGUCCGAGCCGAACCAAGUAUCCGCUUAUCCGCCAUAAGUUUGUGCCACGUUACUGGAGACAAAAAAGGAAACAAAAAAAACCAUCAGGAUCAUUGUGCUUUGGUACUGCAUGGACCUCAUGUAACAAGAAGCUGUAAAACAUGAAGCUGUUCUGGUGUGUGUGCAUGUGUGUGAGCGAGAGAGAGAGAGCGAGAGAGAGAGAGAGACUGAAUAUGCACACAUGCAUUGUGUGCAUGCAUGUGUGGUGGCGAAAACAGUGAAGUGUUGGGGAAGGCCUUUGUGAAGUGGUUUGCUUUUUUAUAUGAAAUUAUUUAAUGAUUGAUAAAUGGAAGGAUUUUCUUUUCUUUUUUUUUUACAAGUCUGUCUUUUAACAGCUGGUCAACAAAGUCUAGAGGGGAAGAGAAAACAAUUAGGCCGCGAUGGAAUGUACAUGGAAGGCAUAUUUAAAAAAACUGUACGGAUUAUGAAACGCUAAAAUCGUCAAAAUGCAAAUCAGAAGGAAGCCUUUUACCAAAAGUCUGGACUGUGCAACUGGAGACAAAACGUUUCAUUUAAUGCAAACUUAUACUGGACUUGUGUAAAUGGAGGGGGGGGGGGGGGG